AUGAGCAGAAAACGUACAAUAGAUGUUGCACUUGGUCGUCAAUAUGGAAAAACUGAUCUCGAACGAGUCGGUUUCUUUGACGAUCCCUCACCAGGCCCUUUUGAUGCGUACCGAGGGCCUGAGAAAUUUCGCGAUAAAGGACGCCAAAUUCUCGGCGGACCGUCCAAUAUAUUAUUCGAAAAGAAGUUUGAGCGAAUUUUUGAAGGAGAGGCACUUACGGAAUUAUGGCGUGAUGAAGCAAAGAAACGGUUACCAGACGAGAAAAGGAAGAUUGGUGAUCGUAUGCUACCGACAUCUCCAUCGAAGAAGCACUCAACGCCCGGAGAUUCAUACGGAUGCUUCACUAAAUCUUCUUACUUUAGUCCGGAGUUGAAGGUAGAAGCGAGAAAAAAGACGCCAGUUCUGCCUAAUAUGAAGAUCAAGCCCAAUCCGCUUGGUGGGCCGGGAUACGCGGAUAUUUGCCUCAAUCCUUAUCCGUCGUACUCCCACGAGCCUUACGAUGAUCGUGUCGAAAGAGUUGUUGGCAAAAAAGUGGUGUCUGAAGGCCGAUUCUUGACGACUAGUGCGCCGUUGGAUCAUUUCCCCCCCAAUCCUUACGAGGAUGAGAGACCGGGGCCCACUUACGUCCGUCCGGUCGAGAUUGCAAGGAAGACACUCGGUGCCGCGCGAUUCUAUGUCCCUUUCCCCAAGAAACCCGGCGGAAAUCACGAUGGUUGCUUCAGCAAGUUUCCAGAGUACACGAGCGAUCCUUAUGUUAAGCUGAAGGAUAAAGUUGUCGCUGAACCUAAGUUUAUAAGUGGUGGACCGUCUCUACGGUCGAAAUACACGGACAGUAUUAUCGCCCAGAUAACGAGAAUAUCGUGCAAUGCUCGCAAUUAUUCGGAAUAUCGAGAACGAGCGUAUCCUCUACACUAG